ACCUCCUCCCCCAAUUUCUUCACAUUUUUCUUCUUUUGGUCUUCCCCCAUUUUCUCAUCAUUUUCAGUGUAGAUACCAUCAGAAUGCAAAAUCCAACGUCAAUUAAACACCACUCAUGCCAAUAAUUUCCGAAUCCCCUGAAGAAGAAGAAAUGGCAUUAAACAACAAAUUCAGAAAACCCUCAUCUUCCUUUCAAUACAGCCUCUGCACUACUCUGUUUUAUUGUCUCUUCACCAUACCUGUUUUGUUCCUCCUCCAUACCCCCACCACCACCUCCAUAUGCACCACCUUCGCCAAGCAUGCCAAGCCCUGGUCUUCGCCAGCAUGCCAAGCCUGGUCUGGUGAUCUUCGCUUAGCUGAGUUCUCAUGGAACCGCCUGCAAUUCUUCCAAGACCCCCCACAAAGGACUCUGAAAAUCGCUGUGUUCUCUCGGAAAUGGCCUAUUGGCACCACCCCAGGUGGCAUGGAGCGCCACGCUUACACUCUUCAUACAGCCUUAGCUAGUCGAGGCCAUCAAGUUCAUGUUUUUACCUCUCCCCAAGAUGAAGGCACUUCAAUCUCAUCGGAAAAUCACCAAGCAGGCGCACCUUCUUCACCUCAGAUUCAUUGCCAUGAGGGUGAACCAGGAAGGUGGAGAUACAAUAAAGCUUGGGAACUUGAACAAUUUCAGGAAGAAAACGAAAAAGAACCAUUUGAUGUUGUUCACUCAGAAAGUGUAGCACUUCCUCACUGGCUUGCUCGCAACGUUUCAAAUCUUGCCGUUUCAUGGCAUGGCAUAGCCUUGGAGAGCCUGCAAUCUAAUAUAUUUCAGGACUUGGCUAGGAGGCCUGGUGAGCCAACAUCUGCUUUCACGGAAACCUUACAGGGGGUUGUCCCUAAAGUUCUGAACGAGAUAAGAUUCUUCCACAAUUAUGCACAUCAUGUAGCCAUUAGUGAUAGCUGUGGUGAGAUGUUAAGGGAUGUUUAUCAGAUUCCCAGCAGAAGAGUCCAUGUGAUACUAAAUGGAGUUGAUGAUGGUGACUUCAGGGAAGAUGCAGAAUUGGGGAAGGAAUUCAGAGCCAAAAUUGGCAUUCCUAGUAAUGCAGGUUUAGUACUUGGUGUGGCUGGAAGAUUGGUGAAGGACAAAGGACAUCCUCUGCUUCACGAAGCAUACUCCAAGCUAAUAACCAAGCACCCCAAUGUGUACUUGAUUGUUGCUGGUUCAGGACCAUGGGAGAAUCGGUACAAGGAUUUAGGAGGCCAAGUUCUUGUUCUAGGAUCUAUGAGCCCGUCCAUGUUAAGGGCGUUCUAUAAUGCUGUAGACAUUUUUGUGAAUCCCACGCUUAGGCCACAAGGACUUGAUCUUACUCUAAUGGAGGCAAUGAUGAGUGGGAAGCCCCUUUUGGCAUCAAGAUUUCCGAGCAUCAAAGGUAGUGUGGUUGUUAAUGAUGAGUUUGGCUUUAUGUUCUCUCCAAAUGUGGACUCAUUGUUGGAGUCACUUGAAGCUGUGGUGAAGGAAGGUCCAGAGAGGCUAGCAAGAAGGGGAAAGGCAUGUCGUGAAUAUGCAACUUCCAUGUUCACGGCGACAAAGAUGGCAUUGGCAUACGAGAGGCUGUUCCUAUGUAUAAAAGAUGAUGCAUUUUGCGCCUAUCCGUGAAGAAGGCUUAGGUUAUAGAUACUCCAUUCUUUCUUCUUUUUUUCGAUUUUUCUUCAUGAUUGAAUACCACAAUUGUUAUAUCGAUUCCAUAUGUUAA